AUGCACACGAGGGCAGCGGGCGGUAAAUGCAAGGGCAAUGACGAGGAUGCAUCCAAAGUGGCGGUGAACGUGCGUGAGACCAGUGACGAGGAGCUCGGCGAGGGGCGUGGCCCCAAGAGUCGGCGAGGUCCAGAGGGCAGCCCGAGGGAUCGACGGCCCUGCUGGACGAUGAUUAGCCCUCUGGAUGUGGAGUGGGCGACCGGCACAGACUCGCUCAUCGCAAGCUCGCAGAAGCCGGUACCACCGGGCACGGACAUGCACAGGGUGGUCAUCAAGGAGGACGUGGAACCAGAAGCCAGGGUGGAUUGUGGCAAAGCGGGAUAUGAGCUCAAGGUAGCCGAGGCAGCUAUUUGGGAUGCAUUCCAAAGCACGGAGGUUGAUGGAGCUCUCGCGGGAAGCGGGCACAAGUUGGACCUGCGCAAGGCGGAGUAUGUUUGCUGGCAGGGCCUGCUGGCCAACGUUGAAGGGAUCCUGCAGACGCUUGGCCUGGCGUACUGCCAUGGCACUGUCACCGAUGAGGUGGCAUCCGAGCUGCUGUUCCAGUUCGGUUUGCAAGCAUUGGAUUUGUCCUUCUGUUCGCAGCUCUCUGACGCUCCCUUUGAAGCCCAUCCUCAUUCUCUGCUGCGUGAGUUGCGACUGUCAAGCACGAAUGUGAGCGACCGGGGCCUCGAAAGCAUUGCGAGACGCGCACCAAACCUGGAAGUUGUCGACGUUGGGUGGGCGAUGAAGCUUACGGACUCGGGUAUUCUGUCCCUCGUGACAUUCUGCUCGAAGUUACAGGCAUUAUGCGUUCGCAGCACUGAGAUCACCGAUGCAAGCUUCGAAGCGAUCAUGCAGUGCCAACAUCUCGAGCGUCUGAAUGCUUCAUGGUGUUUGAGAGCGACAGCUCAUGCGCUGGACAUACUUGCAGACACCAACAGCGUCACCCGGCCGCCUCUGAAGUCGAUCGAUCUGGAUCAUCUUGGCGCCAUCGCGUUAGAUAUCGGUCUUGAUGCUGGUGCACCCCUUCCAGCACUUCCGAUGAUCGCGUCGACAGGGCAGUGGGAGUCGAGUGCAUCGCUGUCUCCGCUGCCUCCUAACUGGUGCCGAACUCAAUUGAACCUGUGCGACAAAG